UUACAAUGAUGGAAAACAUUGAUUAUAAUGAUUCUGAUAGUGAAUCUGUAGAUGAAAUUGAAAACUUUUCUAUUCUAAACUUCAAUAAUGAUACAUAUCAAAAUAUUAAGGAUAAAAUAUUACAACUAGAUGGCGAUGAUAAUAAAGACUAUAACUUUAAUAGUGAAAUAGAAGAAAUUAUAUUACAUGAUGAGUUAGAUGAAGGAUUUGAUAAAAUUAUACCAAAUAUUCCUGAAAAUAAAGAUAAUAAAUACACAUCUUGUAGUACUUGGGAAAUUGAUCAAUGUUAUGAGGCAGAUAGUAGUCAUCUACAUAGAAGGUAUAGUAAAGGAACUAGAGAAACAGACUAUAAUGAGAAACAUGAUGACUUAACUAGAGUUUUAGAAACAUUUGGAAAUUGGAUUCAGUUAGUAGCAAAAUCGGAUAAUAUAAUACAAAAACAACAGCUUAUCUGGUUAUUGUUGCUAGCAGUUGAGUCGUUAAAGCCUUAUUUGCCGCAAGAAUUGCUUUAUAAACCAAUAAAUCCAGAUCCUUCUAAACGAUUUGUUAUGCCGACUCUACUAAUUACUCAAAUAGCAUUUCAAUUAGCAAAAAUAGAUUUAAGUAUUAAAGCAAAAGCAGCAUCUUUAAAAGAAAAUGAUGAUAUUCAUCAAAAGGUUAUUGAAACCGUUGAAAUAGGAUGCAAAUUUGAUAAAUCAAAGAUAGUAAUUCUAAAACCCGGUCCGGCACCAAAUUCCAAUAAAAAUGCAUAUAAGACAUGUGAUAUAUUUUUAAAUGAUGUAGCAAAUACAGGAGUUAAUAUAAUCAAUAUUGCAUGUGAUGAAGCUAUUUUUCGAAGACUUAAAAAUUAUGAAAAUAAAGAUCUUACCGUUAAUAUUAUUCUUGAACAGUGGCACACUUCAAAAGAUAUGUACCAAGCCUUACUUGCAGCCUUUUCUGUAAUAGAUAUUGAUGAUCAUGUUGUACCAAAUCGACUUAAACAAACAUGGGCUUUAAGUGAACAGAUAUAUAACGCAUUUCAAAAUCCAGAUCCCAAUAGUCAUUCUCUUUUUGAUUACACAACCCAAAAUACUACGAAAGAAUUCUUUAAUAUGGAAACUUGUUAUCAACAUGGAAUAGAACGUAUGCAAAACCUUCUUGUGGAAGAAGUUUACUUGACUAAAAAAAAAAAAUCAAAGGGAAGAGGAAUUAAAAACUUGGUUAAGGAUUCCGUAGCGGCUUUAAAGCAACGAAAGAAGAAACAAAAAAAUACUCAAAAUGAGGAUAAUACUCAAAGUGAAGAUAAUGCUCAAAAUGAUAACGAUACUCAAUAUGAAGAUGAAUAA